CUCUCUCAUAUUUGAAGCCGCACAAGCAAGAUGCACCACUUGACUUGGGUGAGAGAUUGAGAAGUUUGAUCAUCUUGUGAGAGAAUCAAUCAAUCGAUAAUGGCUGCUUCAGUAAUGUUUUCAUCGGUGACCUUGAAACCAGCUGGUUUCACCGUGGAGAAGACCUCGGCUAGAGGCUUACCCUCGCUCACAAGAGCUCGUCCCUCCUUCAAAAUCGUCGCCAGUGGCGUCAAGAAGAUCAAGACCGACAAGCCCUUUGGAAUUAACGGCAGCAUGGACUUGAGGGACGGCGUCGAUGCCUCCGGCAGGAAGGGCAAGGGUUACGGUGUUUACAAAUACGUCGACAAGUAUGGAGCUAACGUCGAUGGAUACAGUCCUAUUUACAACGAGAACGAGUGGUCAGCGAGUGGUGACGUGUACAAGGGAGGAGUCACCGGUUUGGCAAUUUGGGCUGUGACUCUCGCCGGUAUCCUCGCCGGAGGAGCUCUUCUUGUGUACAACACCAGUGCUUUGGCUCAGUAAAAUCUUAAGUUGUUGUUAGCCGCAUGUGUACUCUUCUCAUGUUCUAUAAAUGUUUCUGUGUUAUUGUUCUCUUCUCUUUAUUCUUGUAAAACUCAGAAAUACUUUUGAAUUUAUAAAAGACCUCUAGUGUUUAUAUAUAUUCA